AUGAUCUGGAAACUUCUGAUUGGGAUUUUAAUGACUGUUUGUAUAGCAAGAUGCACCCAUCUUUCAUACACCAUAGAACAAUACAAUACUUUGAGAGAUGCUCUCCUUGCUAAUUAUUCUAGUAAGACCCGUCCGAUCAAGAAUCAAGGAGAGUCUUUACAAAUGGAGAUGAGUCUAUGGAUUUCCAGUAUUAAUGACGUCAGUGCCGUGAAUCAGAAGAUGGUGACCACAGCCUACCUUUAUGUCAAGUGGAAAGAUGAAAUCAUUACCUGGAAUUCUACAGACACAGGGAUUUACUGGAUUCAGUUUAAUCAGAACAACCUUUGGAUACCUGACCUGGUUCUGAAGAACGGGUUCACUGAAUUCAAGCCCCUCGGUGGGAAAUUCUACUAUGUGUUUGUGGACUAUGACGGCACUAUCCACUGGUACCCCCAUAUGGUAUUUGAGUCCAUAUGCGACAUCGAUAUUUCCCAUUAUCCUUUCGAUAAACAGACGUGCAACAUAACCUUCAAAACUUGGAGUUACACAAGAUGGGAAAUAAAUCUGACAGUAUCUGCUGCUAAGGUCGAUGCUGGUGAAAAGAUGGGUUUUGCUGUAACCAUAUUUCUUACGUUUGCUGUCUUCCUAACUAUAGUUAGUGGGGAACUGCCUACAAAUUCGGACAGCGUUUCAAUUUUAAGCAUGUAUUUAAUAAUACAGCUAAUAAUUUCUGUUUUAAUUCUCAUGAUUACUUCUUUGCAACUUCGAUUACAUCACAGGUCCUCUAAAAGGCAAAUAGGAAGAGCAUAUCGCUCCUUGGUACAAACAGAAAGACGUCUACGAUGUGAACCCCCCAACGGUUCAGAAUUAGGAUGCUUCUCGGGGAAGUGCUCAAACCCUUUGAAAACUCGAAUACAAAAAAUCGAUGUCAAAGAAAUAGAGAGGAAGCGAGAUCAAGAUAAUGAAAGCAUGGAAGAAGAAGAAUACGAAUUAGAAACCACGUGGAGCGAUGUUUCAUCUGCAAUAGACUUUUUCUCCUUUUGGGUUAUUCUAUCUCUAGAAUUUGUUAUCACGACUAUUAUUUUCUCUUAUGCUUCUUCAGAUUGA